CUCCCGCCACUCGCCAGGGAAAAGGGGAAACCUUCGAGAGAUCUUAAUUCUUAUGACAAAAACCUUUCUUUUUUGGUAAAUUUUUGUUGCAAAAUCUUAAAAGCUCUAAGGUGAUGUUCUCUCACUAUUGUCAAAGUCGAUGAACCGUUCUAUUGAGAAUAAGGUAUUGCGCCUUCUCCACGGCCACAAGACAUGGAAUUCCCUCCGCCAAAUCCACGCUCAUUUCGUCCGCCAUGGUCUCGACCAGUGCAACCAAGUUCUAUCUCAUUUCGUCUCCGUUUGUGGGUCGCUCAACAAGAUGCAGUACGCCGAUCGUCUCUUUGACCAAACCCACAACCCCAAUAUCUUCCUCUUCAACGCCAUGAUAAAAGGGUACUCUGUUUCUGGACCUUUCGAAGAGUCUCUGUUUUUGUUCUCGUGGAUGAAAAGCUGUGCCAUUUGGGCCGACGAGUACACUUUCGCGCCUUUGCUCAAAGCAUGUUUGAGUCAUGGUGAUCUCAAACUCGGCCAGUGCGUUCAGAAGGAGGUUUUUGCUCGUGGGUUUGACGAUUUUAGCUCUGUGAAGAUUGGGGUCGUGGAGCUGUACACAACGUGUGGAGCAAUGGAAGAUGCACAUAAGGUGUUCGACGAAAUGACUGAGAGGGAAGCGAUCAUAUGGAAUUUGAUGGUUCGUGGGUAUUGUAAGAGGGGGAAUGUGGCCAGAGGGAUGUAUUUGUUUAGGAACAUGACUGAAAGGACAGUCGUUUCGUGGAACAUCAUGAUUUCGGGGUUGGCACAAAGUGGUCGAGAUGGAGAGGGUCUAGCUCUUUUUCGAGAAAUGCAGGAUCAAGAGGUAGUCAAACCAGACGAGGCAAGUUUAGUUACAGUCCUGCCGAUCUGUGCCCGUUUGGGAGCUCUUGACGUCGGCAAGUGGAUUCAUUCUUACGCUGAAUCCACGGGUAUCUAUCUUAACUCCAUCCCUGCAGGCAAUGCUCUAGUGGACUUCUACAGCAAAUGUGGCAAUCUGGAUACGGCAAUGAGGAAAUUUAACCAGAUGCCUAAGAAGAACGUGGUUUCUUGGAAUGCAAUGAUCUCUGGCCUGGCCUUGAAUGGCAAAGGCGAACUUGGCUCAGAUUUGUUUUAUGAAAUGACAAGCCAAGGAUUUUGCCCCAAUGAUUCGACAUUUGUUGGGGUUUUAUCGUGCUGUGCUCAUGCGGGUUUGGUGGAAAAGGGCAGAGCUUUCUUCUCGUCGAUGGUAGCAGAUUACCAAAUUGAGCCGAAACUCGAACACUAUGGGUGCAUGGUUGAUCUACUGGGCCGCAGUGGGCGUGUAAGGGAAGCAUAUGAUAUUGUCAGAAGCAUGGCACCCCACCAGAGGCCAACUGCUGCUCCACUGUGGGGUGCCUUGCUCGGGGCUUGUAGGAAUCAUGGUGAGAUGAGGAUGGCUGAGCUUGUGGUGAAGGAAAUUAUCGAGAUUGAGCCGUGGAAUUCUGGCAAUUAUGUGCUGUUGUCCAAUAUCUAUGCCGAGGAAGAGAGGUGGGAUGAAGUUGAGAAGGUGAGGGAGAUGAUGAGGGAGAGAAGUGUUAGGAAAUCAUAUGGGUUAAGCGCCAUUGGAUGAAUGAAUGAAUGAGCAAACCAUGCGGCAUGAAAUGGUACUUAUGUUCUUGUUCUUCUUUUCUCAUAUCACUUCCAUUUGGUCCAGUCAGAUUUCAGUUUAAUCCGUUAACGUUAUUUCUAGAAAUUCCAUGGAUUGAAGCCGACAACUUCUUCAACUUGAAAAUAGGAAUGGAUAUAGAAUUAUACACCUAACCGGUCCUAUACAAAACUGUUAUCUAAAUAUUGAUCCGUUCUAUGUUGCCUAGUUUGGUCCAAACUGUUGCUUACCCUAACAAGCACAUUGGUAUAUCCGAAAUGACCACUCACCAGAUAAAUUCUUAUCUAUGAGACUUGCUAAGUAUAUAAAAGAGAACUCUUUAUUCCAUGAACUGAUAAAGGUGAUGCUUUUUCCUUAUACACAGAACAUGAUAAGAACUUCAAAUGUUAGAUUUACCUUCUCUUCCUGCUUAACACCAGCAGCCUUCUCCUCUUGCUUAACUCCAGCAGCAGCGAUGGAGACAGGAGCUUUGAAAGUCUCUGCAGCUUUCACAUUAUCCUUCUUUGGAGUCACAGUGGGGGUCUCCAAUCUCCAUCUUAGAAGUUGUAGUAGUAUAUCCUCUUGUACAGCAGCAACUCAUCCUCUUUUCUGUUGGUAAAAGCGUAAAUCUAAGCUGGGGAAAACGGAAGUAUAAGAUAUAAUGAACAGUAGUAAAGUUGCUUGGUGGAUUGGGAUAUAGCGUAGACGGUGGAGUGAGUAUUUAUACAGGAAAGUGUUCAUUGGGAUUUCUUCAUUGCAUUAAAUGGUUUGAUUUAUUUUCCGUGGGAGUUUGGAGUGAAUAUGCCAUGAAAAUGAUCCCAAUGUUGUACGGUUUCCGUGGGUGCACUGUAUUUGUUGCAGGUUACUAAACAGUCAAACAGUUGGGUUGCAAAUGAGCCGAGCUGAGCUGAGUUUUACCCAAACUUGAGUUUGACUUGUUAACAAAUGAGCUGAGCUCGAGCCCGAGUCAUUUAUUAACGAGCCGAGUCGAGUUCGAGCUAGACUUGUUUACUAAAUUCUCAGAUCGUAUUUAAUACAUUCAUUUUGUAUGUCGUGUAUGGUACAUAUGAUUGAUGUAGCGAUAAAAAAAUAAUCAAAUGUUUAACAUUAAUUAAUCUUAUAUUAUAAUUUUAGGUGUCAUAUUGUUUAGUUAAUAAAUUUUAACUAGUUCAAAUCAUGUUAUUUCAUAGUAUCGAAACAAUUUUGUACAUAAUUUCUUUAUAGAAUUAAAAAUAAGGCAUAUUUUCUUACAUGUUCAACAUGUUAAACUUCACAUGAUGUGAGAUAUAUAAUUUAACAACCCUAUGAAUUAGGAAAGUCCAAAUUAGAUCGAUUAGUCCAUAAGUUAGUGAUCAAGUUGGCCCUCAAAACCACAAUGUUGAGACAUCUCAUGAGCUCUAAAUGAGCCAACUCACGAGUUGAGCACAACAAGCCACCGAGUCGAGUUGGCUCGCGAGCUUCACGAGCUGAACAAAGUUAGGCUCAAGCUUGGCUCGUCAGUAAACGAAUCGAGUUUCGAACGAGCUUUUCCCGAUUCGAGCCUCGAGUUGCUUGCGAGUAGCUUGGCUCAUUUGCAGCCCUGGUUCUGACUCUCGUUAGUGUCUCGUCAAAUUCUGAGAAUAAGACUUGAUGAAGAAGUAGAGCCAGUGGCGGAUUCAUGGGGCUUUAGGGGUGUCCCGGUAUACCUCUAAAAUUUGGGAACACGAUUAUUCAACCCCCGAUAGUAGUUUGUGGCGGGACACUCCUAAUAUUUGAAAAAACGAUUAUAAUCCCCCAAUAGUAGUUUGUGUGUGGGUAAAUAUAAACAUUUAAGUGGUUGCCUAUGUGAUUUGAAGUUGGGUCGAUACUAUUAUUAGUAAUAUUUUUCAUUAGACUAUAACUCAUAUGUUCUUGUAUUUCUAAUACAAAUAUAAUAGUAAAAAGCUAUUUUUUAUCUCAAUUAUUUUCAAAAGCUAACGAUUAAACCCAAUUACGGGCUCCCCUAGUCUAGUAGGAUAUAUCGAGAAAGAUUUAUAGAGCAUUGUUGGACACCGAUUGUAUUUUACAAUUUUUCCAAAGUACGAAACACAUCACGUGCUUUGUUUUCCUUUGGACAAGGCAGAUAUUUUCUUAUUUAAUAAUUAUUUUAACUUAAUUUUUAGAAGAGGACACCCCUAUAUAAAUUUUUUGGAUCCAUCACUGAGUAGAGCUCAUCGUGAAAUCAACCGUCUGCUAUGUUACUGUGAGUUAUUCUUGCUCUUGGCGAUGGAAUUCUGUUUACAGUGAAUUUCACUAGCUUUGUGGACGAGUUUUUUUAAUCUAUAUGCUUGUUAUUGAUAAACCUCACAUGAAAUUUAAUUGUACCGGAGUAGUCUGUUAGUAGUCGGUUGAUUACACUAAUAGUCAAUUCAUUAGUAUGAUCUUUUAUAGAAUCAGAGAGAACUUGUUCAUGCACUUUCCUUGUCUCGUUUAUAAGCCAAUACCGUUCCUUGAAAUCAUAGAUUAUUACUGGAUAAACUGUUUAUUCUCAUAACUGUCUAGACAACCUGUAAUUUUAACUGCUCCUAUAGAUAUAAACCCUGCCCAUCUUAACUAACAGCCAGAAGAACACCCAGAAGUUCCAGCUGCCCCAACUUUAACCUUAACCUUCUCUUCUUCCUUGACAGCAGCAGCCGUCACCUCCUGAUUCACUUUAUCAGCAGCAGCAGUAGUCAGUAACAAGAGCUUUGAAAUCCUCAGAAGCUUUCACUUCCUCCUUUGGUGUCUGUAAAUCCCCUUUCAACUGGAGUUAAAGUGAAAUCUGAACCGGAUUCCUCGGCAAAAUGGUCGUGGUCGAGUAGCCAUUCCACAGCUUCUUGAAGAGCUACAACUCAUCUUCUUUCCUCUGUUGGUAUGUAAAUACAGCAGUGAGAAAUGGAAGUAUAAGUUUUGUGACGGAGAGUAGUGAACUUGGUUUGGUGGGUUUGAGAGAGAUUUGCAGAGUAUUUAUAGAUCAGGGUUUCUCUUCGUUUCAUUCAAAGGGAUUUGAUUCAUUUGUUUCUUGGUUUCUGAGCUGGAUUUGAUCCCCAUAGGUGCAAUGUAUUUUGGAGGGUGCUCAACUGUGAAAACAUGCAGUUGGUUUCUUCUGCCUAUCAUUUGUGUCUCCCCGGCUUCUGGGAAAACUGUCCAGUUUCUUAAGAAGUCAACCAAGUUCUCUGUAAUGCCACAAUUUCGCUAUGGUGCACAUAGCUAUUUUUGUGUGCAUGGUGCACAUAGGGUUGGUAUGCAGCCACAUCAGCAAAACAAGGAAUGAAAGGUUGUAGUUUGUUGGGUGGAGGAAGGGCUCGAUUUGCACUUGAAUGGCUAAAUGAAAGCCGGCUAGCCGGCUUACCCGUAAGCGGAGGGACCACCCAAGCGAGACUUUCGCUUUAUCCCUCUCACUCUCACGCUCUUCGCCUCUUCCCUCACUCCCUGUCUCCCUUUCUGCUCUUUCUCUCUCUCUCUCUCCCUCUCCGAUUCAAAUUUCAAAAUCAGAGUCUCUGCUGCGGCGAACGGCGUCGACAACGUAGCAGAGGGUCCGCACAUCGUUGCUAUGCUUUCUUGAUGUUUGUUAUUCCUCCCUUCACCGUGUCGCUCUUGGUGCUUCUGCUUGCAUCUCCUUUGCAAACUGAAAUCCGGGGUAGUUAGAAAUGGCGGCUUUCCACCUUCUAGUGCCACAAUAUUCGGUGAUGUUGCCGCAGGGAAGAGAGAUUACUCAACACUUUGCUUUAGCCAAUAGCCAUGGCUCUUUCUGUUUGCUCUUGUUUUAGGGUUUAUCAGUAAUCCCAGUCCAAUCAUCGAUGAACCCCGCAAAAUGGAGUUCCUCGCUCUGAUUACCAAAUGAUUGGGGGAUUUGUUCCAGCCUAUUGAAGUAUCCUUGCUCGAAGCCAUCGCCAGUGCUUUCUACAACACUGGAACUAAGGACGGGGUACCCCUUCCUUGCUCUUAUUUUUCUUCGUUGUUCCUUACAUCAUCUUGUUUCGAGAAUGGAAACUGGAAAUCGACUAUAACGUCUAUAUUCUAGGUAAUUAAACGAGGGAACUUGACGAGUGUGGUGGGCUACAAGGGAAAAUGCUUUGGAGACGGGAGAAAAAAACAAAAAGGUAAGAAUUUGUUCCAGCACAAGCCUUUUUCUUUUCUUUACAUCUGCUACUCUUUUUACACGCAAAAAAGGUAUUCAUGCUAUCAUUUUAUCAUCUUUUGUUUGUUUAUGAAUAUGUGGAGGAUUCUUCUUGGAUAACAAGUUCAUGGUUUAUUUUUUUGUUUCCAAAAUUGUUCAGCUUUGUUAAUGAGGUCUGUUAUUGGGAAAAAUUCUUUCAAAUUGUAAACUUUCUGCUUACUAUCAACCCUGGGUACCUUUCAUGGAAAUGGAGAAAAGAAAGAGAUAAAGUUCUUUAACUUUAGAUGUUGUUCUGGGUUUUUGCUUUCAUUCACAGUGAGGGGAGAGGUUCUUAAUGAAGCCAUAAUCAUUUGUUUCUUUCUUGAUCAGAUUCCAAAAUUAAUGAAGUAGGAUUUUCUGAAAGUGGCCUUGUUGUGAGGGCAAACCUUCAUAGUUGAAUUCAUAUGAAAAUCUAAGAUUUGACCAACCUUACCAGUUGUUUUUAAGCUUUAUAUUUGCUGGUCUAGAUGUAACGGCAAUAUGUUGAUCUAGAAAACUAAACCAAACCAAAGAACUUACUCUUAAACUUAUUGGCGUACUAAUGAUAGCAUGACUAUUCUAAUGACAUUUCAAUCAUCCUGAUUUCUGUAGAAGCUUCAAGUAAGCAAAAAAAAAAAAAAAAAAAAAAAAAAAAAAAAAAAAAGAGGGGAUGUACCGUGAAAGAACAAAUCAGCAAACUGACUCCUUUACUGUUGGGAAACGCAGCUCCAUUUAGGCAGGGUUUGUGUGAGAACUUAUGAACUCAUUUCUAUAGCUUGCUUGUCAGCGCUGGAUUUAAAUGGUGAGUAGAAAAAUUAAAUUUGUAACUUGAUUUUGAUAUUUAGUUAGAUAAUGUAAUCAUUAUGUUACUUUUCACAGGAUUUGUUUGCAGAUAUCAUUCUGCUUCCGAUGCAAUGAAUUGUAGAGUGUCUUGUGUUCUGAAUCAUGAGGUUUGUAUUAAGAGAUGGGUUAUCACGUCUGCUGCUAGCUAGAUGAAGUGUAUGUGUUACAAAUGUGUAGUAGUGUGUGUGAACCCCCAUUGACUUAUUGUUGUUCUUUUCUCCAUUAUGAAUUUGCAGGAUUGAAUAUGGGUUCUUGCUGCUGCCGAUCAACCAAUUUUGAAGGAUGAGUACGUCAUCUUUGAUUGAAAAGAAGACGACGAUUGUGUAAAGCUAGCAUAGAAGAUUUGAACUUGAGGAUGAUUUUGUAACAUUAUUUGGUGUCAUUUGCGUUGUUAUUUUAAAGAGUUUGAUUUGCUCAAAUUCAAAUUUCGUGCAACGAGAGUGAAAGUAGGAAGAGUAUUUUCGUCUACACAAUCAAUUUUUUAUUUCAUAUAAAAAGAUAUCAAUGCAAGGAUUUGAACCAUGGUCUCUUCCACCAAAACACAAGAAUUGUAACCAAUUAGACUAGACACAUUUGUUGUACUUUAUUAAUACAAAACAUAGAGGAAGUUAAAAUUAUGAAAAACAAAGUACUUUUCUAUCACGGUUAGUUAGCCCGCUAAGUCUACUGUAAGUAUUUUGUGAUGUUUGAUACUUCUAUUUUCAUAUUUUAAUAAUUAAUUUAGAAUUUUUUCUAACUUAUAAAUGAAGGAUAAUCUUAAAA